CUGGUGCCUGAAGGUCCCACAGGGGCGCCGUUUACGAUCACAAACCAGGCCAGUCCAGACGCAAGUGGAAAUGGGGGUAGGACUGGGGGACGACGACCCGCAGGCAAUCAUCGCGUUGGGCUCGUGCAAUGAGCUUGUCUGGAGAUAAGUUGUGUGGAAGCAAAGGUUAUUCAGGUAAUAAUGCCUUGCAUCGAACCAUUCAAACCGCUAGUAGGAUGUUUGUUUGGACUUAAGGUUGUCAAUGGUGAUUCCAUGGAACGCCCCGUCCAUUCCAUUCCCUCUUUGGGUUGUUGACGGUCUGGAUCUGUUGACGAGAAAGGUUGUUUGUUUGAAUGACCUGACACCGGAAGGUCAACGUACUCUGUACAACUGGGGAAACAGACGAUCCGAUCAUGCAGACUUCGCCCACUCAACACAUCAGCAAGAAUGCCGAUUUGAUGUCAGUUUGUUACGAGUCGACGAGUUUCCGGCUACCACGCGGAAGGGGGCAUUCCUUGCGGUCGGAGAUGCAAGGGAGCAGUGGGCGAGUCAACAUCGGGUACGUCACGGACAGCAUCAAAUUGGCUCUGGGGUAGAGGACGAUGAUAGCAGAGCGAACUGGCCAGCUUCACGGGUUGCCGCCGUUCAUCAUUUAGGAGCAAUUUAGUUGGAAAAGUGGACUGAGUCGGUUCGCUCCGAGUGGCUCCAGCUGUUCUUGUGCAGACAGCGGCAAUCAGAGAA